AAGUUUCUGCGUUGAUUUUUGUACCUAUAUAUGUCCUUUAUUUACGAAUGAAGAUGAAGAGAAUACCAACAGAAAAGUUUGGUCAGGCUGCAUAAAUGCAUCAAGCGUGUCAAAAGAGCCAUGAUAAUGUUCUGACACCGAGCACGUGAGUUUCAGUACUUGCAACUAUGAAAAUAAAAGGUGGCAUAUAACAAUUUCUUUAGUGGUAACCAGAAAAUGUUCAUCUUCACCGACGCUUUAAACUAUAUUGCACCGACGCUUUAAACUGUAUUGCACUGUCUUGUCUCAUCUAACCUUCCCGAAUCCCAACGACAACAGGUCUCACUUCCCGUUCCAGAACUCCUUAAGAAACUCAAGAAACGCAAGACAACUCAACUCUACACAACACAACCCAAGAAAAUGUCAAGAACCGAACUUUAUAUUCUUGCUCUCAUUUUCCUGCACACCCAUUUCGCAAUUUGUAAUGGGGUUUCAGUUUCAGGCCUCAAUUCACUUGAAAACACUGAAAUUGAUGCUGUUAUGCGUAGGGUCGACUGGCUUGAAGAGGCAGAGAUGGAGUCAGAGAUCAGCAGGAGAGUUCUUUUGAUGCAAAAGUAUAUAAGCUACGAGACAUUGAAGAGAGACAUGGUUCCAUGUGCAAAGCCAGGAGCCUCUUACUAUGAUUGUCAUGCUGGAGAAGCUAAUCCUUACAGCAGAGGUUGCGAGGUCAUUACAAGAUGUAGAGGCCCUUAAAAUUUGACAGGGAAUUAGUUCAAAAUUGACAUCACCUUGUGAAAUUUGGUGAUGACAUAUUACAAUUCUAAAUUUGGUGUCUUUAAUGGGGGGCUUUUCUUGAUGCUAUUUGUAAAUUUAGUUAAGAAUCUUGCUUUUUAUUUUUGCAAUAUGAAUUAAUAUAAGCUUAGCUUUUGGGGAGAUUUGAGCUAUCCUUUUCAGAUUAUAUAAUAAACUGUUAUUACUUCUUGGUAGA